CAUAGUCGAGCACGCAUAAUCCAGUUGCUGGAACCAUGGUCAAUACGCACAAAGAAGAUACAAAUAAUGAGAAGAUGGAGGAGGACAAACAGCCUAAGUCAAUAAUGGGCAUCUUCACCCGAGAACAAUUCAUCAUGUUGUGUGUUGCUGUGGGCUUGGCGAUCCUGCUCAUCGUUAUUGUCGUACCUGCAGUUGUUGUCACUCAGACUCAGUCAGGUUCAGGAUCUUCUGGCAUCAAGGUUCCGUUUUCCUCUGAUGGGGACAUGUUGGAAUUCCUGAUGGAAAAUGGGAAAAUCCCAGAUACGGACGGCCUAUACGCCACAUGGUAUCACUCUGCCAACAACAAAUCGCAGCUCAACGAUGCCCUGAAAAGUUCAGUCAUGGUUUUGGAGGCGGAUGUAAACGUGGAAGGGCAUGGCACUGCCAACCAGACCAACAUUCCCAUCAUGGCCCAUCCUCCUGCUGUUUACAGUGACAACACUCUACAGGAAUGGAUAGACGUGGUUCUCAAAUCAGACAAAGGUAUUAAACUGGACUUCAAAAGUAUUGAAGCAGUAGAGCCUACUCUUGACAUACUGAGAGUGAAAAAUCAAACAGCACGCAUCAAUCGCCCAGUGUGGUUAAAUGCAGACAUCAUUCAUGGGCCCGGUGUUCCUUUGUUUAUACCGGUGGUUAAUGGCACUAGGUUUUUACAACUCAUUCAGCAGAAAUUCCCUGAGGUUACAAUAUCACCAGGAUGGAAAGUACUCUAUGUGCCCCAGUUUCCUAACGUAACAUACACAUUGCCCAUGAUGGAGAAAAUGUACAAUGCUGUCCUAAAUGUUCCACAGAAAAUAACCUUUCCCAUCCUGGCUGUCAUGGCCAAACAAGGGUGGCCUCAUAUCAGUUGGCUGCUGAGCCAGUCGCCUAGGUUCAGUCUGACACUGUGGCAAGGGGCACAAAACCCAACACUUAAUGACCUUCUGUUCAUUCGAGACAACAGCAGCCCACAGCGCAUCUACUAUGACAUAUAUGAGCCAGUGCUAUCACAGUUUAAAGAGGCUGCAAAACUGAAGGGUCGCCCUAGACGGUUUUACCCCGGAGGAGACCUGGUCGACUACUUUAAACCCAAGAACAACGAUGGCUCCAACAUCCAAUGGCAAACUGUGACGAGUAGAGAAUUCCUGUUGUCUGUACUUAGAGGCAGCAGUAGCGGGAUGCUGGUCAUUCCAGUGGUCUCCAGUGCAGGUCAACCCAAGAAGCCAGCAGUGGAGAGUUCAGGCCCUGAGCUCUCCCUUCAGGAGUGCCUGGAGCUCAUCUACGCCUCGCCCAAACCCUGGGGCAUAUACCUACGGGUCAAGUCUCCGAGCCAGCUGGCCCCUUCACUGCAGCUUCUCAGCACAGCGUACGACCAGGACCUCUUGUACCAUCCCACCUGGGUCAACAUGGAGGUGUCCCACGGGGCUUUCCAAACGCCAGGCUACAUCAGCGCUCAGGACUUCCUGAGCACCGUGGAGGGGAACUUCCCCUUUGUGACCCUGGCCCCUGCCUGGCCGCGGGAGGCCCUGGGCGAGGGCUACACUCGGGCCCUGGUGGAGAAUAUGCUCCAGCUCCUCAGGGGCGUCUAUCAGGACGUGUCUCUGCAGUUGAGCACUGAGCCGCUAGGAAAGUCAGACGCAGGCCUCCAGCUUCUACAGGAGACACAGAAAAGGUUCUCUCUCACAGUAGAGAUUGAGCGUGCAACAGAUCCCAGUACCUGCGUUCAACUUAUUAGGUCUCUUCGACAAGGGGGCAGAGAACAAAUCUUCUUCAAUAUGCCACAGGACUAUAUGUCUGAGCCGUUGAAUGAGGUUAACAAUUUUUAAAAAUCUGAAUAUGACAUGAGCUUCAAUGAAGACUGAAUUUAGAUGCAAUGUGCAUCUUUAUAACUGUUAUAUAAUGAGUCACUCUAAAGGUAAGAUGCAUCAUGUAAUUUAAAAAUUCCUGUGACAGUGGAAAUUGUUUAAUGUUUAGUGACAAUAACUUUUGUAUAUCAAUGCAAAAAUAGUCAUGUAGAAGGGGGUCACUUGCGCUUCAGCCUGGUUGGUGCUCACGGAACAGGAUGCAGUAGUCAAAAAAGGAGAUCCAAGGUCUAACAGGAGCCAAGGAGCAGGACCGGAGCACUCAAUGCUUUAACGUGUUUUUAUUUGUGCAAACUGACUAACGUUUCGACGCCCAUGAGUCUUCUUCGGAGUCUUCAAAAAUAGUCAUGUCAGUUUGGCUAUUCAUUGCUCAAUAUUAAACGGUUUUGUAAAGAAUUACUUACAACAUCAUUAAUUUGGCAGUCUCUGUGCCAACUGGCUCUUAUUUAUUUGAGAAUGUCUUGAAUCAAUGUCUUUUUUAACUUUACAAAAUAACUUCCAAUAAGAGCAUGGAAAACAAAAUCAGUGUUGACAUACUGCAAUGCAUGAACCUUAUCAACAAAGUAAAUAUCUCAAAUGCAAAUAUUUCAAAAGCAUCUUGUUCUUAUCUUGAUAUCAAGAUCAUAUGGGCAAAGCAACACAAAUUCCCAUAUUUACAUGUUUUAAAUGCACGAGUUGAAUAAACAUCAGUAUAAAAUGUCA